AUGGCGAACAGCAAAUACGAAUAUGUGCGCCAGUUUGAGCAGCCCGAUGCUUUACUGGCCAAUACCUGGAUUGUGGUACGGAUAGAUGGACGUGGCUUUUCCAAGUUUACGUCAAAGUAUGAGUUCGUCAAGCCGAACGAUAAGAAUGGGCUCGACGUCAUGAACGCUGCAGCCCAGGCUGUCAUGAAAGAGUUGCCUGACCUUGUCCUUGCAUUUGGUAACAGCGACGAAUACAGCAAGCUCACUACGACAAUUGUGUCGACAUUUACCUCGUACUAUGUGUGGUCCUGGUCUACAUACUUUCCGGAUAAGCCGCUUACACCUCCUUUGCCCUCGUUCGAUGGACGUGCAGUGUGCUACCCAAGCGAUUCUAAUCUUCGGGAUUACAUGAGCUGGCGUCAAGUUGACUGCCACAUCAACAAUCUUUAUAACACUACUUUCUGGACUCUGCUUCAGCAGGGUGGCAUGGGGGCUCGAGAAGCAGAACAAAGACUCAAGGGAACAAUUUCGUCCGAUAAGAACGAGAUUCUGUUCAAGGAGUUUGGAAUCAACUACAACAACGAACCGGAGUGCUUCAAGAAGGGCACGGUGCUAUACCGAGACUUCUUCCCUACUCCACCGCCGGUCGAGCAGAUAGCGUCACCUGUGCUGGCAGACUUUCCCACGCCACCUAUAGCUCAGCCAACACCAAAGCGAGCAUCCAGUCACCGGGCAUCCCAGUCUAUCGAGAGGGCCAUCCCAUAUCUUCCAGAUCAAAAGGAAUUGAUGGAGUCUCCAGAGCUUUGUUCGCGUCCGACCUUCUUGUCAACAACAUCGACUCCGUCGCCACCACCUUCACCACCUAACAUCUCGAGAUCAGCAUUUCCUAACCCGCUUAGGUCCAACCCGAUCAGAUCUGAGAACAAUAGCCCUAUGCCAGGUUCUUCCAUGCCGCUUUCUCCGCCAUCAACUGCAACAUGGAAUAACAACCCCUCAUCGAAUGGCAAACAGCACCUACCCUCAUUGACGCCUUUGCCUCUAUCUCCGCCAAUAUUAAAGCCAAGCAGCAAGCCACCUCUGUCAUUGAAUCAACCAAAUCCAACAACACGCACCAAUUUCUCACCGGUGACACCACAGGGCGACUUCCCCGCAGAUUUUCCCAUAGCUGGCUACCGUCAUCAUACGAAUGCAGCGGUCAGCCAUGGAUUCUCGCACUCUGCAUCAGCUUCUUUGACGACGUCAUACCCACCCCAAGUGAAACCCUCUCGGCUCAAACAACGAUCACCAAGCCAGCCUUCGCUGCCGACAUAUUUUGCAUCAUCCAGUACACCUGCACCACCGAAACCGCCAUCUAUACCAUUGCGUAUAUCGAGCAUUCCUGCCAACAGUAAGCCGCGCAAGCUAUCCUUACCGGUCCAUCGAUCCACCACGACACUCAAAGCUACACGAGAUAGUUUCGAUGAGAAAGAGAGUGUAGUCAGCCCUCGAGACACAACAUCCACACCACCCCGUAGAGUCAGCCCACCAAUACAAAAGAACAAGGCUCUACCAAGUCCCCCAAUGAGCGCAGAGGAAGAGAUGCGUACGCGAGAAGAGGUCAAGGGAAAUAGUCCACAGCAAGAGUGGAACAGGUAUGCCAUUGCAUCCACCAAUGGGACUGAGUCGCCCCAACGAAGAACUAGCGAUUCAGACAACAGAGGCGGGCACGUCUGGGGCCAGGGAAAUGUCUCCCACCCGGGCAUCGCGGAACUCCACGCUGUUUCUACUCCAACGCAUUCUGCACCUACAUCAGCAUCAUUGCAAUACCCCCAUUCGAGCCCAGACAUCCACACCCUUCUAUCCUCGACAACAUCAACAGGUUCAGGUUCCCAAAAUUACGCCACUUCCCAUCCCUUGCCCAGUAGCCGGUCGUCUACCGGCCGCAACAAAGAUGUCAACCGACCCAACCCCUCAAAGUCAAACUCCUCCAAGGCUAAACCGGACAAAGGCAAACAACCACAGCCGGAAACUGGAAGUCGGGCCGUAGUUGCUAAUCCCCAACAAACCAAUGAAGGUCGUCCGGUACACAUGAGUCGUACGCAAAAAGAUAAAGACAGAAAAAAGAGGAGCAAGGCGACUGUGCUCAUGGAACAUGUUGAUAUCAUCAAGGAUGAGUUCUGGGAGAAGAGGCCCUGGAUUCUGAGUGGGAAGACAGGGUGA